CACUCAGCGCUUUCACCGGCCCUCUAUUGAGUUCAUUGCACACACACACACAGACAGAGAGAGAGAGAGAGACUGAGUGAGUGAAUGCUGGACGGAAAACGGAAGGAGAAACUCGUGUGGACUGGAUGAGUGAAGAGAUUCACAACCUCAUUGCGACAGAUCAGUGUGUCUGGUCGGGGUUUCGCAUGUAGUACAGAGCAUUCUUCCUCUGCCCAAGAUGUCCAGUCAGAACCACUGCCACUAUGAUAAGCAGAUGGGUUUCUUCUACAACAUAAGCAACCAGAAAAGUGAAACCUGGGAGUUCGGACAUCUCAUUGCACUUCGGGUCGUAGGCUGCAUCUUCUGCUUGUUCAUCCUAGUGGCCAACGUUAUGGUCAUCACCGCUGUGAUCACCAACAACCGCUUUCACUACCCGUUCUAUUACCUGGUGGCCAACCUUGCUGCCUCGGAUUUUCUGGCCGGGAUUGCGUACGUGUACCUCAUGUUCAAUACGGGCUCCGUGUCCCACACCCUGACCCUCCAGCAGUACUUUCUCCGCCAGGGUUUGUUGGACACGAGUCUCUCGGCGUCCCUCGCCAACCUGCUGGUGAUCGCUCUGGAGCGCUACAUCUCCGUCAUGAACUGGAAAGUGCACAGCAACCUUACGAAGCGCAGAGUGACCCUGUUGAUCGCUCUGGUUUGGGGCAUCUCGGUCUUCAUGGGUGCAGUGCCAAACCUCGGAUGGAACUGCAUCUGUAGUAUUGAACAGUGCUCGAUGUUGGCGCCAAUCUUCAGCAGGAGCUACCUGAUCUUUUGGUCUGUGUUCAAUCUGGUGGUUUUCCUCAUAAUGGUAGCCAUAUACAUAAGGAUAUAUGCAUACGUGAGGAAGAAAACGACUCUCCUAAACAGCCACGCCACUGGAUCUUUGAAGCGCAAGAAGACACCGAUCAAGCUUAUCAAAACGGUGAUGACGGUCUUGGGGGUUUUUGUGAUCUGUUGGACACCGGGUCUUGUUGUGCUGCUCCUGGAUGGCCUAAAAUGCGAGCGAUGUAAUUUGUUGACGUUCAAGCACUGGUUUCUCCUCCUGGCCAUUCUGAACUCGGUCUUGAACCCAAUCAUAUACUCUUACAAAGACGAGGAGAUGUGGGCCACCAUCAAGAAUUUGCUGCGAUGCGUCUGCACUGGCACCCGGCGCCAGCGGUCGUCAAAGGCCAACAAACGUUCCGACACCACCUUGAGCACAGAAAUGAACACCAGUCUACGAGAUAACGAACAACUAAAACCUAAUCAGACCUUAUAGCUCUGGUUUGUUACACAGCUCUUCAUACCUAGGGCAACGAAAUAGACAAAAACAAUAGGACAAAGUGUGUAGACACCUAAUUGUAAGAUUCAUAUGUGUAUUGUAAACAAACCAGUUCACAUUGAGUACCAACUUCCUGUUAUAGUAACAUUCUUUCUUCUGGGAAGAUGUUCUGCUUGAUAUUAGAGUAGAGAUUUGUGCUCAUUCAGGGACAAGACUCAGGUAUUGAUGUAGGGUGAGGAGGAAGCCAAGAUCUAACACAUCUUCUAAACCUUGUAAAUCUUCAUGGAGCCGGUGUCCGAAUACUUUUGUCCAACAAACAACAACAAAAUCAUGUCCUAAUACUUUUGUCCAUAGAGUGUAUACACUGUAUAUCUAUGUAUAUCUGGUAUUAGCAAGCAGCUAGCAUUAGCGCAUGUGGGAGCUUUAUAGCAUCAGGUCUGCUGUUUCACCUUAAUUAUAUUUUCGUACUGUACCUCUGUUUUAGAGUGCCCAAGAAAUUGUCAAAUGUGUAAACCUUGAAUCUGAGUUUAUUUUUUAUUGUUAUUAUUAUUUUAUAGUGUUUUUAGUCGUGUUGUUUUAAGUGUAAGGCUAGCACUUUGUAUUAUAUUUGUUAAAAAAAAAAAUUCCACCAGGA